AUGAAGGGUUCUGCAGAGAAGCUGGUGAAGUCUCGGAAACGGAAGUCCGUCGAAUUCGAAGCCGACCGUUCCAAAGCUCAGGAACCCGUCCCGUCGAAGAGAACAAAACCCACCAAGGAAGAUGCAGUCCCCGAGGACGAUGCCUUGGUUCCUCAAGAAUUCGAUUGUGAACCGGAAGCGAAGAAGUCGUUCAGCGACUUGGGAUUGAUCGACUCACUCUGCGAGGCAUGCACGGCGCUGGGAUACAAGGAGCCCACGGAAAUUCAGGCGCAGGCAAUCCCACUGGCCUUGAAAAAUGAUCUCAUUGGGAUCGCGGAGACGGGGUCAGGGAAAACUGCUGCGUUUGCGCUACCGGUAACACUUAUUAGCGAGUCAGGGACACCGACGCUGUACGGACUUGUUAUGGUUCCUACGAGAGAGCUUGCGUUCCAAGUAUCUCAACAAUUCGAAGCGCUGGGAAGUCUGAUAGGGGUGCGGUCUGCCGUCAUUGUCGGAGGAAUGGAUAUGGUUACCCAGCAAAUAGCGUUGGGGAAGAAACCGCACGUUAUUGUGGCGACACCGGGACGGCUGAUGGAUCACCUCGAGAACACGAAGGGCUUCUCGUUACGGACGUUGAAAUACCUGGUCAUGGACGAGGCGGAUCGACUGCUGGAUUUGGAUUUCGGCCCCAUCCUCGACAAGAUCCUCAAAGUGCUGCCGCGCGACCGAAGAACAUACCUCUUUUCGGCCACCAUGUCGUCGAAGGUCGAGUCAUUGCAGCGCGCCUCGUUACGGAAUCCUCUGCGUGUGAGUGUCUCGGAUUCAUCGCACCAGACGGUCAAGACGCUCGUACAGUCAUUCCUCUUCAUCCCGCAUAAGUUCAAGGAUAUGUACCUAGUCUACCUUCUGAACGAGUUCACCGGAAAGACCUGCAUCAUCUUCACCCGGACCGUGCGCGAAACCCAGCGAAUAUCGUUGCUGACAAGGGCACUGGGCUUUAGCACCAUCCCGUUGCAUGGACAGCUCUCCCAAUCCGCACGGCUGGGGGCCUUGGGGAAGUUCCGCGGCGGAUCUCGCUUAAUCUUAGUCGCAACCGAUGUAGCGGCGCGUGGGCUCGACAUCCCCUCGGUCGACAUCAUCAUCAACCUGGAUUUGCCACCGGACAGCAAAACGUACGUGCACCGAGUGGGGCGGACGGCGCGUGCCGGCAAGAGCGGCAAGGCGGUAUCAAUCGUGACUCAGUACGACGUGGAGCUGUGGAUGCGGAUCGAGAACGCACUGGGGACGAAGCUCCCGGAGGAGCCGGUGGCGAAAGAUGAGGUGAUGAUGUUGAGUGAACGAGUGGGAGAGGCGCAACGGGUCGCAACCCGGGAGAUUCAGGACAUGGAGAACAAAGGGGGUCGUCGCGGUGGCAGCAAGGGGAGGGGUAAACCCACGCGAGAUAAUAUGGAUGUGGAUGAGGCAGGAUAA